UGUGCAGACGCAACGCAGUUCAGCGAAGUGAAGAGAUGCUAGUGACCCAUACAAGGGUACCCAUGCAAAGUUGAGCUUCAAAUUUAGGUAGAUGAGUGUCUGCAGUCGACUGAAACUAAAAGAAAAAAUACAUUUACUGGCGUGUCAACAAAGUUUGAGGCUGUAAUUUACGGGCGCUCUAUUUUGUGUAAACUUGCAACAGCUUUAACGACCUCGCGAGCGAGAUUCCAGAACAGAGCAGACGCUAGCUAGUGUUAGCUUGUUAGCCUCCAAGAUACAUCAACAAGCAAGGAGCCAGGCAGACCGUUAGUGUUUGGAUUCACUGCAUGAAGCUGGGGAACCUUUUUCGGGACUAGUUGAAGACUUGUCUCGGUGCUUACAAGUUCCCCGGCAGUGUACGACCACUCGACACAAGCUCAAGUUGCUGGCUAGCUAGCUAACCAUAGCAUUAUCCCUCUAGUUGGAGAACUACAUAGCUAGCUAGUUAGCACCACCGCACAGCCUGCCUUCCGCCGACGUGCACUUCCCCCACUCUCCCUCCAGCCGGCUAGCCGCAGCGUUAGUCCGGUACAUAAAAUGAAGCGACCAUCAGCAUUUUGGGAAGCUAUGUGGCUGUUUGGAUUUUGCUGAUGUAUGAGGAGACUAUAUUAUUUUUGUGAGAUCUCUGUCAGGGAGGUCAAAAUCAGUACAGGGGAUGGACGAGCAGAAAUCAAACUGCGAAGAGAAUGACUCUGAACCAACAGCUGAUGACAAUGCCCCUGCAAAGCAGCCUUUCUCCUCUGAGGAGGAGUCCAAAGCCCUCUCUGGUGCUGAGGACAUGUCUGCUGCUACUGCAGCCUCUUCCAGCACACCUGUAGAGAACGUUCGAGCCUGUGUGCUUUGUAACUGUGUGGAGCGGAGCCUGCAUGGACAGCGGGAACUAAGACACUUUGGGCAAUUUUCUGAGCAGCUGACCCUCAAGCCAUCAGCUUCCCCACUGCCACAACCCGGGAAUGAUGACCUGUCUUCCAUUGGAUUUUCUGACUCCCCCUGUCUGGCGGCACUCUUUGAUGAUUCAGGGGGUUGUUGGGUUCAUCACUGGUGUGCGGUGUGGUCGGAGGGAGUAAAGCGGAUGGAAAGUGAGGAGCUGGAGAACGUGGAUAAGGCCGUUAUCUCAGGGACACAGCGGCUUUGCGAGUACUGCAAAAGGCUGGGUGCAACCAUUCGAUGCCAUGCUGAGGGCUGCUCGCGGUUCUACCACUUCCCCUGCUCAGCAGCUAGCGGAUCCUUCCAGUCCAUGAAGCAGUUGGUCCUCCUCUGUCCGGAACACAUAAACAAGGCUGAGGAGUUGGCAGGUGAAGAGGCUUGGUGUGCAGUGUGCGACUCAGCGGGUGAGCUCACUGACUUGCUGUUCUGUACGGGUUGUGGCCAACAUUAUCAUGCAGCUUGUCUUGAGAUUAGUGCCACGCCCAUCCAGCGGGCAGGAUGGCAGUGCCCAGAGUGUAAAGUGUGCCAGACUUGCAGACAACCAGGAGAAGACUCCAAAAUGUUGGUAUGUGAUGCCUGUGAUAAGGGCUACCACACCUUCUGUCUGCAGCCAGCCAUGGAUUCUCUUCCCUCUGACCCAUGGAAAUGCAGAAGGUGUCGUGUAUGCACGGAGUGUGGUGUCCGUGGACUGGUGCUACCAGGUUCAGCCCAAUGGUUUGACAACUACACAGUGUGUGAGGGCUGCCAGCGUCACCGCAGAUCUGUGUGUGGAGUGUGCAGCAAAGCUACCAACCCAUCUGUUGCUCUGCAGUGCUGCAGCAUGUGCCACAGGUGGGUGCACAGUGAGUGUGCUUUACCAGGGGCGCCUCAAGAAGCCAAGUGCAUUUGCCUGCUUUGCAAGGAGGAUCAUCAGCAGCCUGUCACUCAGCAACAGACAACAGAGAUACAAACCAGAGAGGCAUGUGAGGAGACUGAAGGACAUGUGGAUUUGGUGGAGAUGACAAUCCAAACGGAUGCAGAUGUGGUGACGGAAGAGGAGACAGGCUUACCAGAGGUGACACCAGGACAGAUAGGCACAUCAGAGAUGGGUCAGGCUGAAGCCACAACUGACAAAGAGACACCGAUGGACUUGGGGUUGGAGGAUGCAGUUGUUGAGACAACAGAUGUUGGGGAGAGAAUCACAGAGCAGGAGUCGCUGGUAGCAACAAAAGAAUUAACUUCUGAGGUGCCCGCUGUUUCGUUUGAGUCUACAGAAUGUGCAACAACAGAACAGGAGGCCUCUUGUCUACCUGCUGAUGAAGAGAGAGCAGAAGAGGCAGUCCGCCCAGUGACCCAAGCCACCUCUUCGCAGGAACCCACAGCAGAGACACAGUCUAACAACCCUAAAGUAGAACCAACACCUGUGUCACAGCAGGGCCCUGAAAAUAUGGAGGUAGAGAAGCAGGAGGCUACUCCCUCAGUGGAACAAGAAGUAUCACCAGAGUUAUUAAAGAGUGGCUAUGAUCGUUCUAUCACAGAGCCGUUCAGUAAGGAUCCACCAAAGUCACCUGCUUCUCCUGCCUCUGUGGAUAAAACAGAGCAUUUGCCCAUGGUUGAUCAGCAGGAAAGAAGUCCAUGCCAGGACCCCCAGUUUCCUUCUCCUCUUUCUGUAUCAGUAGACACACAAGAGGCCCUCUCUGCUGUGGACAUGGAGGCGAGGUUACUGCCUCACUCUGAAGAAGAGGAGGAAGAAGAGGACGAUGAGCAAAUGAAAGGAGAAGGACAUAAUGAUGACAUAAAACAAGAACUGCAGGAGCAAGAGGUUAAGCCGGAAUUGCUGCUAGACGAGAUGUCUAAUAUGAGCCAUGGAGAUGAGAGCAGCAGUGGCUUCCUGGGCUCUCCAGGAGAGCCAGAUCCUCAUCUCUCCAUGGAGCUUGGCCUUCUACCUGCUGGCCGCUCACAUACAGAUAACUUGCUUACUGAGACUGAUGAUUCACUUCCCUUUGAACCACUGAGAAGUGACAGAGAGAAGGCAAAACGCAGAGGAUCCCCAGGCCGGUCAAGGGUCAAACAGGGUCGAAGCAAUAGUUUCCCUGGGAAACGUAGACCUCGAGGGGGUGGUGCAGGGAGAGGGCGUGGUGGGAGGUCACGCCUCAAAGCCAUGGCCUCCUGCAUUGAUGCCUUCUUGCUAAGCAUGACCGCAGAAACUGGACUAAGUAAGGACGAAGACGAUGAGGAAGAUGACACCAUGCAGAACACAGUGGUUCUUUUCUCAAACACUGAUAAAUUUGUCCUGCUCCAGGAUAUGUGUGUUGUGUGUGGCAGUUUUGGAAAAGGAAUGGAGGGGCAGUUGUUGGCUUGUGCUCAGUGUGCCCAGUGUUACCAUCCUUACUGUGUGAACAGCAAAAUCACCAAGACGAUGCUCCGUAAGGGCUGGCGCUGUUUGGAAUGUAUUGUGUGUGAGAUGUGUGGAAAGGCUUCUGACCCCUCCCGUCUGCUGCUGUGUGAUGACUGUGAUGUCAGCUAUCACACCUACUGCUUGGACCCACCCUUGCACACGGUACCCAAGGGUGGGUGGAAGUGCAAAUGGUGUGUGUGCUGUGUGCAGUGUGGUUCCAACUCACCGGGUUUCCACUGUGAGUGGCAGAACAACUAUACCCACUGUGGUCCCUGUGCCAGCCUCGUCUCCUGUCCAGUAUGCAGAGAGAAUUUCAUGGAGGAGGAGCUGCUGCUGCAGUGUCAGUACUGCGAUCGAUGGGUCCAUGCUGUCUGUGAGAGUCUGUACACAGAGGAUGAGGUGGAACAAGCUUCAGAUGAGGGCUUUGCAUGCACAUCCUGCACCCCAUAUGUUCCAAAACCCGUGGUAGUAGAGUCAGCCAUUAUGGCUUCAAUAAAGAUCAAAGAGCCAGAACCCCAGUUCUACCGGUUGGAGGGUGUGUGGCUGACAGAAUCGGGUAUGUCGCUGCUUCGCAGUAUCUCCAUGUCUCCCCUGCACAAGAGACGGCAGCGUCGCUCCCGUCUUGGCACUCUAUGUUGUGAAGGAGGUCCUGAUGGAAUAGAUCUUAGGGAGGUUGAAGGAGAAGGGGAGGAUGGAAAAGGGUGUGGGGAGCCCAUGGAAUGUGAAUCCAAGAUGGAGAAUCCUGGGAGCCCUGACAGAGAAGGUGGUGCUGAGAGGGAUGCAGGUGCAGAUGGAGGCACUGAAGGCAUGGCUGACUGCGAGGGUCUCAAAGGGGGAGCAGAGGAGACAGAUGAUAGCAAAAAAAGAAAGCGUAAACCUUACAGGCCUGGAAUUGGAGGCUUCAUGGUGCGACAAAGGAAGUGUCACACACGGAUGAAGAAAGAAUUUUUUGCCCAGCUGGCUGGAGAGACUACAUUAGAUGGACAGCCAAUAGAGAGAACCAUUGAGGAUGGACCCCACCCUGACACAGAUAACAUUAUGGAUCCUAAACCAGUGGAAGGUGAGGAACAGGCCAAGAAACGUCGAGGCCGAAAGAAGAGCAAACUUGAGGACAUGUUUCCAGCUUAUCUCCAGGAGGCCUUCUUUGGGAAGACACUAAUAGACUUGAGUAAGAAAGCUGUGAUGAUACUGCCAGGGCAGAGGCAAGGUACAUGCCUUUUCCGACCUUCAUUACCAGCACUGUCAGGGGUCAAACCUGCUGCCCCAGAGACUGAGGCCAAGGAUCGUGCGAUAGAAGAUAAUUUUCCUCUCAAGCAAGAGGGGGGUGAGGCCCCCCAGCCUCAGGGAGAAGGUGCAGGAGUUUCUGCACCAUCCUCAUCGCUGAAGGACCAGGUGUCAACUGAUCCUCAUAACUCUGAUGCAGAAAAAAGUGAAGGUCUUCCACAAGGGGUGGAGAGUCAGGACUCUGAGCAGUUCUUCAGGAAAGUUCUGGGUGUGUCGGACGGCUCCCCUUUGGGGGGCAUGAAGCCCAUAUUGGAGGGCAGUAAGGGAGAACUCAAUCGUAGCGCUCUGCCACAGAGAGCUCUCCUCUCAGGGUCCCUGCCCUCAGCUGGAAUGAUGGAUGCCUUUCCAGGCCUCUCUCAGUCACCGUUUUUUGACAUGCGGGACCGAGGAGGACUGUUCAGUCCAGAUGGGGGUGAAGACAGCCCCUGGGCCACUCCCUCUACCCCAGCAACCCCCUCCUCCCCACCCACCCCCACCGAGGUGGAGGGUGAUGGGCUGUCCUACAACCAGCGCAGUCUCCAGCGCUGGGAGAAAGAUGAGGAGCUUGGAGAACUCUCAACUAUUUCCCCUGUGCUUUAUGCCAAUACCAACUUUCCCACUCUCAAACAGGACUACCCAGACUGGGCUAGUCGCUGUAAGCAAAUCAUGAAGAUCUGGAGGAAGGUGUCAGCUGCUGACAAGGCUCCAUAUCUGCAAAAGGCCAAAGAUAACCGAGCAGCUCAGAGGAUCAACAAGGCACAGAAGCAGGCAGAGAGUCAGGUGUGCAGGCCAGUCAAGACAGAGCCAGGGCGUGUGAAAGGAGAACGGCCCAGUUUACACCUCCAGAUCCCUCCACCUUCAGGCCCUACAUCAAUCUCUUCACAGCCCAGCUCUGCAGAAAGCCCAUUUCCCUUCCCUCCAGGUUCAGGUUCAUCCUCUGUAUUUUUCUCAGAUGGACCUGUUAAGACCCCGGGUUCAGCUGAAAUCCGGACAGAUCCCUUGGCCAAGCUUCCCUCUCAGUCACCUCAUUCUCACUCUCACCCAACAACUCCUUUCUCCCAUGCUGGGGCCAGCCCCUUACAGACCUCUUCCUCAGGUUAUUCCGCUUCCGGCCCACAGGGUCCUCCUCAGGGACGGCCAGCCAGUCUUAGCCCCUUUGACAUGCAACCAGGAAUUCCUGGAACCCCCAGACGGGCUCAGCAGGUUGACCCCUAUUUCAGAUCACAGCUGCAGCAGCAACAGGGUCAUCUACCACAAUCACAGCAAGGCUCUCAGGAGUCCCUAGGACCUCCAGAAAGUCCUCAUUCAAGAGGUGCUGGACUUGGGGAGUCACCCAUCUUUUCGCCACCCCACAAUACUCACUAUGGAGACCCUUUCAGAACCCAGCAAUGCAUGGGACGGCCAGAAUAUGGUUCAUCCCCGUCACCCUCUGCAGUGGCUUCCUCACCUGCAAGCACAGGGCAGUACAGGGCUGAUGUGAGUGCACCUUCUCCACGCUCCUCUGCAGUUGGAAGACCUGACCUAUCUACUGGCUCCCCUGCUGGGAUGCUGGAGUCUGGGGAUGGUUUAUUCAAGGCACCUAUGACGCCACGAAUGCACCAAGGGGAGGGUGGUGCACUUCAUCCUGGAGCUUCACCCAGUCACCCCUCUGAAGGUUACAGGCAGUCUCCCUCCCACCCUUUUUCUGACCCCCAUACUCAGACUCCACUAACUCCCAGACCGCAGUCAGGGGACAGUUGUUCUCUUGGACCCCAGAGACACCCUGUAGCUCAACAGGAACUGUGCCCCAGAGUGCCCUCCAGCCCACAGUCCCAGGGCAGCUCUCAGUCUCCCCACACUCCUGGUGGUCUCUCCAAUGAUGCUUACAGUGUCCAGUCUCCUGCUACCCCACGGUUCCAAUCCCCAGACCCUUGUUCUCAGCCACCUUCAAGGCCACAAUCUAGAGACCAUUUUUCUACUAUCCACAAACCCCCUCGUCCGCCCUCUGUUGUCCCAGAGGGAACCACAAGUUACAAAAGCUCACCUCAUCCUAACCAAGCACCUCCCCCCCAUCCCACCAACAGUUCCAUAGGGGACCCUCUCUCUGGUAAACCGUCAGUAGCUCCUAAUUUCAGCCGCAGCCCCAGCACGGGAGGCCUCCAAAUAACCCAACAACAGAGUCAGAUAGUACAGGGUCAGCUCCAGCAACCACAUCCACAAACUCAGCAGACUAUGGGGGCAGACAGCUUCAGCUCCAGGGUACCACCUCCUUCUGGAUCUCAAGAACUACCAGCUGUUCGCCCUCCAGACACACCUCAUCCGCCAUCUUUGUCAGGCACUCAAGAAAUGCCUGACAUGUCAGCAGUGCAGGACCCUGCAUUAGUAGGCCUUAGCCCCUCUGAGCUGGAAAAGCACAGACAGCGCCAGAGACUGAGGGAAUUCUUAAUCAGACAACAAAUGCAGAGAAAUUCCAUUAGACAAGAGAAGGAGGCUGCUGCUGCUGGCAGUGUGUCCCCUGGUUGGUCUGGAGGAGAUGCGGGGGCCUUUCAACAAGACAACAAGUCCCACAGAGCACCACCACCUUAUCCACAGGAUCGUGCUGCUGCUGCUGCUGCUGCUGCUACUACUGCUGGAGCUCAGUCUUCUGUGGCAGUGAAGAUACCCAUGGUUGUUGGAGGCAUAGAGGACAAGCUCAUUCGCCCACCACCUACAGGAACCCCUGCCAUCAUGGAUCCUAGUGCACUAAGGCCACCAGGGCCAACCAGACCUCAGGGCAUGUUUGCCCGUCCACCAUUCCCUCCGCAGUGGCAGGGCCAGGCCCCAGGUCCAAGGAGGUUCCCCCAGCCUGGCAUGGAGGCUAUUGGCAUAAGGCACAAUCUUAACCCUGCUGUGAAUAUCCAGGGUAUGGACAGCAUGGGUAACCCUCACACCAUAAUACCAGGACAUGGAGGAGAGACCAUGCAACCAAUGGGUCAAGGACCCCCACCGCAGUUCAUUGAAUUGAGACACAACUCACAGAGGCUACCCUUACGACCCCAGUUUAUGCCCCGUGGACCACAGCCCAGACCACGUCUCUUUCCACAGCAAGAGAUGGCAGCACCUUAUGUUCAGCAACAUCCCAUAUCUCAAGCUAGUGGCAUUCAAACAGAAGGGGGCAGUGAGUCACAGCUGGGUUUACAGCAGGGUGGACUGUCAGUUUUACUGCCUCAGCAGUCUACAGGUCCAGUAACACAACAACCCCACCUGCAGCCCCAGGUUACUUCCAAUCCCAAUACUACUAGCACUGAGCAGCAUCAGCUUCCACAGCCAAGCCUAGUCACAGAGCCCCAGACUGCCACAGUAGUAAACAGUGAGGAACUGCCGGAGCCUGAUCUUGAGGGGCUUGGGGAGGCUCCAGGGGAUGGUGGUGUGGAGGAUGAGGAUGAUUUGGCUUUAGACUUGGACCCCGACAAAGGAGAUGAUGACUUAGGCAACCUGGACAACCUUGAAACCAAUGAUCCACAUCUAGAUGACUUGCUUAACAGUGAUGAGUUUGACCUUCUAGCUUACACUGACCCUGAACUGGACCAAGGAGACCCUAAGGAUGUCUUCUCAGACCAGCUGCGGUUGGUGGAAGCAGAGAGUGAAGCACCUUCAUCUUCCUCUGGAUCUGCACUGGUUAAAGUGGAAGAGAAAGCCAAAGUGGAGCCAGGGCAGAAGUCUCUGACAACAGCCCCUGCCACUGCAGGGGUGUCUGCAACCCAACUGCCACCCUCUGCAGAAUCUGCUGAUACCUCCAAAGUAAAAGUAGAAGACAGAGGUCUGACCCCUCAGUUGCAGCCAGGACAGACAGUCGUGAAAGAUGAAAUGGGAGAGGCUGUGUCAAUGCUUCUUGGUGGGACCACACCAUCAGCAAAGCCUGCAGAAACAGAAAACCAGUCAGCUUCACUCAGUUCUGUUCGAUUAGGGGGUCUUCCGUACCCCCUGCCAGGCCAAGCUGACCCAUUGCCUUUUCCUCCAGCUGCCCCACAUGCAGAUAUUAGUGAUGAUCCGCUGGGGCUGCCUGAUGUAGGGGGACACCACUCUCCUGCUGUAGAUUUGGCAAAGGUAGAGAGCUCUUUAGAUGGUGAACUUCCUCUUUUAAUACAGGAUUUGUUGGAGCAUGAGAAGAAGGAACUACAGAAGCAGCAACAGCAGCAACAGCUUAAUUCCCUCCACCAGGGAGGCAUGGCACCCCAUUUUCCUGGCCUCCCAAGUCAACAGCCAAAUCCACAAGCACCUGGACAGAUAAUGCUGCCACACCACCAUCGUCCAUCACCCCAAGGAAUGAUGGCUCAGUCAGGGAUGGUACCCCGUGCUCCACACAUGUUACUACAGCAGCAGCAGCAGCAAAGGCUUAUGGGAGCUGGAAUGGCACCUCCACCUCACAUGGCCAUGGCCCAGCAGCAGGCCAUGAUGAGGAUGGGGCAGCCAGGGAUCCAUACAAGUCUUAGUCAUCAACCACAGCCGCAGCCAGUAGUAAAACAGUCACCAAUGGCCAACAAUUUCUUCCCAGAUAAAGAUUUAGACAAAUUUGCUACCGAUGACAUAAUGGACCCCAUUGCAAAGGCAAAGAUGGUGGCACUUAAGGGUAUCAAGAGAGUGUUGGCACAGGAUCCAAUGGUUGGUCCCCCUGGCAUUAACAGGCAACAAGUUUCUCUGCUUGCUCAGAGGCUGGCCUCUGCCCCGGGAACAGAUCCAGGUCAACUUACAUCUGGACCUCCAAAGGAAGGAGAAACAAGUGAUCCCACCCAGUCAAGACCUAACCCUCCACAGUUUGUGCAAGGAAUCAUCAAUGAUGCAGAACAGCACCAAUAUGAAGAAUGGCUUCUUCACACCCAACAGUUACUCCAAAUGCAGUUGAAAUUUCUGGAGGAACAGAUUGGAGUUCACCGCAAAUCACGCAAAGCACUGUGUGCUAAGCAACGCACUGCUAAGAAAGCUGGCAGAGAGUUUGCUGAGGCAGAUGCAGAGAAGCUCAAGUUGGUUACAGAAGAGCAGAGUAAAAUUCAGAAGCAGCUUGACCAGGUACGCAAGCAGCAGAAGGAGCACACCAAUCUUAUUGCAGAGUACAGAAGCAAGCAGCAGCAGCAUCAGCAAGGCUCAGGUCUUCUUACCCCAGCUCAUUCUGCACAGGGGGGCCCCCCUCACAUGUUUCCCAAGAUGCCUGGCCAGAUGAUGAUGGGCCAACAGGGAACGCCAGUAAUGGGCCAGCACCCUGGCAUGAUGCCGCAAGGUGGAAUGCCAGUCAGGAUGCCCCAAGGUCAGCCUUUUACUGGAGGAGCCCAACCUCAGCUUCCUGCAGCUCUUGGAGCCAGUGGUGUCAGGGCCCCAGGUCCUCCUGGGGCUCCAACGGGAUUCUUUCCACAGGGUCCUGGAAUGCAAGGUGCUGACCCCAGGCUUCUCCAAGAAAGACAGCUUCAACAUAGAAUGCAGAUGGCAAAGCUCCAGCAACAACAGCAGCAGGUGACAUUGGGCCAGCAAUCUAUGCCACACCCAAAUCAACAGUCUGGCUUAAUCGCUCAGCCACAAUCUGGUAUGAUGGGGAACCAACUUAUGGCCCAACAACAAGCAAGCACUCAACAGGGAAUUCUAGCCAACCAGGCCAGUCAGCAGAGUAUGGUGCAGGUUCCACAAGGAAUGGUCGGAGGCCAGUCUGUGGCCCCACCACCACACAACCUAGUUGGCCAGCAAAUUACCCAUGCUCAAGCCAUGAUGGCAGCUCAACCGGGAAUUAUGGGGAACCAGCCAGUAGCACCAUCACAGCAACAGAGGCCUCAGCUGAUGAUAGGUCAGCAGGGAAUGGUGGGAUCUCCAGGUCAUCCUGGCCUCAGGGGUCCCCAGGCCCAAUUGACUCCACAACAACAGAGCAUUCUGGCCCAACGCAUGAUUGCAUCUCAGCAGCAGCAGCAGCAGCAUAAUCUUGCAAAGAAUUUGGCCCACCUGCAGCAGCAGCAGCAGCAGCAGCAGCAGCAGCAGCAGCAGCAGCAGCAGCAGCAGCAGCAGCAGCAGCAGCAGCAGCAGCAGCAGAUGGCACAGCAAAGACCACCAACACAACUGAUCAGUCAGUCUAGCCAAGAACAAGGAGGGCUCUCGCAACCUUCUACCCCACAGAUGGGCUCCUCGCCUUCAGCAGGAAGUAUCACACCCCAGCCACAGGUAGCUACAGACACCCAAAACCCGGGCCCCAAAGAGGGUGGGAUCCUGAGCCCUGAUCCAAGAACGCCACCACAGCAGAGUGGACCCUCAACUCCCAAUCAGAUGACUCAACUAGGCUCUGCAAAUGAUCAUCAAACUGACUUUGGACGACAGCAAUUACAACAACAACAGCAUCAAAACCAGGUUUAUAUGGCCCAGCAGCAACAAUCAAAUCCUCAGCCUGUACCUGAGCAACAAACAAGUUUGGUUGGAAACCAGCAAACUGGUGCGCUUCAGCAACAGCAGCAAAAACUUCCGCUCACUCUCCAGAGGCAAGGUUCCCUCAGUGCUGACAAGCCCAAUUUAGUGACUGUGAAAGAAGAAGGGAAACCAAUUGAUUUCUUAGCUCAGCAGCAACAACAGCAAACAGUUCAAAAUGUCAGGCAGCAGUCGCAGGAUCCCAGCAUCCAGCAGCAGAUCAUAGUCCAGAACCAUCCUGGCCAGCCACAGCCUGUUGUGAUGGGCCAUAGUCCGCAACAGCAAGCCCUCAUAGCCCAGCAGCAAAAACAACAGGCCAUAAUGGGCAUGAUGAGAGCCCAGCAGCAAGGAAUGAUGGCACAGAGGGCUGGGGUUCCACCUGGACAGAUCCGCACCCCUAUCAACAUCCCAGCUAGCAUUGCUCAGAAUCCUCAGCUCCGCAAUCUUCCCCCAAACCAGCAGAUACAGCACAUCCAGGCCAUGAUUGCACAGAGGCAACUCCAACAGGGACAGAUGCUGCGGAUUUCAAUGGGUCAAGGACAACAAAGUCAGUUGAGGUCUCACAUGCCACCAGGACAGAUGCCGCAGGUUGGACAGCAGAUGCCAGGGAUGGAAGGCCAACACAUGUUAUAUGGAGCCAUAGGCAAGCCAGGAGCAGUGGGCACACAACAGCAAUUGGGCCAGCAACCUGGUGUUGCUCCUCAGAUCCAGCAUGGAAUGAUGAUCCCUGGGCAACAGCAGCCACAAGCAGGGGAAAUGAUGCAGCAACAUAUGAUGAGAGGCCCAGUACCAGUGCCACGUUCACCCAUGGACCAGGGCCGUAUGAUAAGGCCAACGUCUCCACGUCAGCCAUUAGCUAACUCUCCUGGGGAUCCACAACGGCAUACAUUUAAUCAAGCGAUGGGUAUGCGUCCACCCACUCCUAACCAGAACCAACAACAAGCACUAAUGGCAGCUGCAGCAGGCCGUAUGCAGGGCUCUCCAUCCCAUGCAUAUUCCCCAAGAGCUCCCUUUGGAAUGAGCCCAGCCCACCCAGCCUCACCCCAUUCAUCCCAUGUCUCUUCGCCCUCUGUAGUUGACAGUAGGGCUGGAAGGGGCAGUCCAUACAGCCAAGUCAAGGCAUCUCCACUCAGGUCACCUGGAGCCAAAAGUCCACUUGAUUGUCCAGGGUUGAAAGUAGAAACUCAGACAGCAGGCAAUGAACCAUCUCAGACAGCCUCAGUUAUCCCCAAUGGGCCACAAAAAGGCAUGAAUGUUCAGCAACAGUCGCAGCAGAUUACAGAGAGCCAUCUUCCUCAAACACGACAUGGCUCUAGAGAAGAAGAGGUAUGCAAGAUGACCCUACAGAACAUUAAACAGGAGCCAAGGGAGGUUCAGUGUGAUGGUGCAGCAGAAGCUCAUCCUGGGGCUAUAAAGCGAGAGGUAACCGGUGAGGCGUUUACUUCUGGGAACAACCCUAGCUUUAUUAAUGCUGGAAACAUGGCUGGAGACCCUGGAACUCAAGGCCCUAAAUCUGAGACUGGACAGCAACUACUACAGAAACUCCUGAGAACAAAGAACCUUCAGCUUGGUGCUCAGAGGCCCUCUGAAGGCAUCCACAAUGAGAUCAAUGGCCACAUCAACAGCAAACUAGCAAUGCUGGAGCAAAAACUUCAAGGGACUCCACGAAAUAUGGAGGACUUACAGUCUAUAACAAAAAAGUCUCCUGUACAAAAGCCAAAGCGCACUAAUAAGGCAACAGGAGACCGAGGGCCUAAUGCACGGAAGAAGAAUAAGAAGGAAGAAGUUGGAAAAAGUGCUGAGGCCCUAAUAAAGCAACUCAAACAGGGUCUCUCUCUGCUGCCCCUGAUGGAGCCUUCAAUCACUGCCAGUCUGGAUCUAUUUGCCCCUUUUGGAAGCAGCCCAGCAAAUGGCAAAGCCCAGCUCAAAGGAUCCUUUGGAAAUGCAGUGCUGGACAAUAUCCCAGACUACUAUUCUCAGUUGCUCACUAAGAGUAACCUCAGCAACCCACCAACACCCCCAUCCUCCCUGCCACCUACUCCUCCCCCCUCAGUACAGCACAAACUGCUGAAUGGAGUGACUCCUGGUGAGGAGCUGUCUGAGGGUCAGAAAGACACAGAGUCAGCAGAAGAGCCAAUCGAUUCUGUUAGAGAGGAGGUAAAGAGUGUAGACAUUUUAGCAGCGCUCCCCACCCCACCUCAUAACCAGAAUGAAGACAUCAGGAUGGAGAGUGAUGACGAGGAUGCCCCAGAAAGUAUCAUCCCAGCAUCAUCUCCUGAGAGUAAUGUAGGAGAUGAAACGCCACGUUUCCCUCACCUACGGGAACCUAAAGAGGAGGAAACGGAGAGAGCAAUAUCCCCCAUCAUCCCCCUCAUACCUCGCACUGCAAUACCAGCAUUCCCCGAAAACAAACCAUUUGAAACAGCUGAUAGCAAGGCAGUUUCCACAUCCAACCACUGGGACAAGGCCAAAAGCAACGAGGUGUCUGUUACCUUCACAUUGUCCUCUGCUGCAGCCAAGAAACUGAACCAUGUGAUGAUGGCCAUGGCCCAGUUGCUUAACAUUAGAAUGCCAGGUUCUUAUGAGAUGACUUUCCCUCCCCAAAACCCUGAGAUGCCUGGAGUGGAUGGGCCUGGGAAAGGACCCGGCCAGUCAGGGGCUCUGUGCACAAAGGACGGUGCUUCACCCAGUCAGGAUGAGUGGCUAAGGCAGUUUGAUGUGUCUCUACCAGGCUGUACAUUGAAGAAACAAGUGGACAUUCUGGCACUUAUUAAACAGGAAUUCCCAGAAAAAGAAGACAAACCAGUCCAGCACUGUUACACAACCAAUGUAAAUGACUUGGAUGUGCGUCACCUUCCUAUUAUACCAGUGGAGGAAUCUCCACCCCCAUCACCAUCUCCUCCACAACCUGCCCCACCUGUCCCAGUUCCAACUAGUGAAACUGAGCCUUCCAAAAAAUCAGCUUCUCCAUCCCCCUCUCCCUCCAGUCCCACCAGUGUCCAGAUCAAGACUGAGCCUGAACAGGAUAUUGGUCUUUCUAUUGAUGCUGCUCAACGAACUGAUGUCACAGAGUCUGAAGUUGCUGCUUCAGAGUCAGUCACUGAUCCAGUAACUGCCCUUUCAGUUUCUGAUCCUAGUGCUCUUACUGAAGAUCAGCAGAAUCUGAGUCCUGCUGCAAAGGAGGAGGACUCGUCUGUUGAUCCAGGUCAACCUCCUAAAGAUUCUCCCAACACCACGGAGUCUUCCACUAAGGCUACGAAGCAGCGCAGGCCUCUCUCCCCUAAUGAGGAGAUGGUACACCCCAAAGUGAAAAAAUGGAAGGGGAUUCGCUGGAAGCGUCUUCAGAUUGUCAUCUCAAUACGUAAGGGUGGAUCUAAGAAAGAGAGCAGCCGUGAGGUAUCUGAGCUGAUGGAACGCUUGCGCAUUACUCUUCGACCAGAAAAGCUGCCCCGGGAUAAACGUAAAUGCUGUUUCUGCCACGAAGAAGGUGAUGGAGCCACAGAUGGGCCUGCCCGCUUGCUUAACAUUGAUGUGGACCUCUGGGUGCACCUUAAUUGUGCCCUGUGGUCCACAGAAGUGUAUGAGACGCAGGGGGGUGCCCUAAUCAAUGUGGAGGUAGCCCUGCGUCGCGGAUUGCGGACUCUCUGUGCGUACUGCCAGAAAACAGGUGCCACCAACAGCUGCAACAGACUGCGCUGCCCGAAUGUCUACCAUUUUGCCUGUGCCAUCCGGGCACGCUGCAUGUUUUUCAAGGACAAGACAAUGUUGUGCACUCAGCAUAAGCUGAAGGGCCCCAGUGAAGAUGAACUAAGCACAUUUGCUGUUUUACGGCGUGUCUAUAUUGAGCGUGAUGAGGUGAAGCAGAUUGCCAGCAUCUUACAGCGAGGUGACCGUAUCCACCUGUUCCGUGUUGGUGGUCUCAUCUUUCAUGCUGUUGGCCAGUUGUUACCCUCCCAAAUGGCAAACUUCCACUCACCCACUGCCAUCUUCCCAGUUGGCUAUGAGGCCACACGCAUCUACUGGAGCACCCGUGUGCCCAACAAACGCUGUCGCUACCGCUGCCGCAUUAGCGAGGAUGAUGGUCGCCCCCUGUUUGAGGUGCGUGUUCUGGAGCAUGGCAUGGAGGAUUUGCAGUACCGUGACACUACUCCAGAGGGGAUCUGGGACCGGGUAGUUCAGCAGGUGUCUAAACUCCGAGAUGAAUCGUCUAUGUUAAAGCUGUUCACUGAGCAUGUCAAAGGAGAGGAAAUGUAUGGCCUCACAGUUCAUGCUGUCAUGCGAAUCACUGAGUCGUUGCCUGGAGUGGAGAACUGCCAGAACUAUCAGUUCCGAUAUGGCCGUCACCCUCUGAUGGAGCUCCCUCUCAUGAUCAAUCCCACUGGCUGUGCUCGCUCUGAGCCCAAGGUCCCCACACACUGCAAGAGGCCUCACACUCUAAAUAGCACCAGCAUGUCGAAGGCCUACCAGAGUACCUUUACUGGAGAGCUCAACACACCAUACAGCAAGCAGUUUGUCCACUCAAAGUCCUCCCAGUAUCGGCGCCUGAAGACAGAGUGGAAGAACAAUGUGUAUCUGGCACGAUCGCGUAUUCAGGGCCUGGGUCUGUAUGCUGCCAAGGAUCUGGAGAAGCACACCAUGGUCAUUGAAUACAUCGGUACUGUCAUACGCAAUGAGGUGGCCAAUCGCCGUGAGAAGAUCUACGAGGCACAGAACCGUGGGAUCUACAUGUUCCGCAUCAACAAUGAGCAGGUGAUUGAUGCCACUCUGACAGGUGGCCCAGCUCGCUACGUCAACCAUUCCUGUGCCCCCAACUGUGUUGCAGAGGUUGUAACAUUUGACAAAGAAGACAAGAUUAUCAUCAUUUCCAGCCGCAGGAUCCCCAAGGGAGAAGAGCUGACUUACGACUACCAGUUUGAUUUUGAGGACGAUCAGCACAAGAUCCCUUGCCAUUGUGGAGCUUGGAAUUGCCGCAAGUGGAUGAACUAACGAGAAGACAAAAAAAUGGAGAACUUCCCUCUCACUGGUGCCAGAACACUCCUGCACCAAAGCCUUUGAAUCCUACAUAGCCAGUGCAUAAGCUGUUCUGAAAGAUAUGGAUGGAGGAAGGCUGGCCUCCGCCAUUGAUAGACUAAACGGUGAGACCUGUAGCCAAAGGUUUGAAGAGCAUUAAUCAAUAAAAGCAACCGACCACCUCCAUCAGCAGCAGCUUGAUGGUGGACUGACUUUCAUGUUUGGACUAGUGAAUCACCCUUUCCUCAGCCAAAACCCUUUUCCCCUUUCGACUGUUCUCAAUAAGCUUGCAGUGGCUGGAAAACAAUCCUCAACAUCUACCAAAUGAUUCUGACCCUCUGAUAUCAAUACUCGUAGAGCAGAGCUCACCUGGAGCUGCGACAAAAAGCCAUUUUAAAAUACUAAGAAUGAACUAAUGAUGCAUUUUUAUGUUUUAAGUCGGACCUAUUUCCUGUCCCACCUAACCACACCUCCCCCUUACCUCCCAGAAAAGGCACUUUCCCAUCAAGUCAUCAAUGAAGACAACACGGAUAUUGGCUAGCUAGACAAUCUUGAUGUGGCUCUGUGUAAGAACUACAUAUGAUCGAUGGAAAAAAGAUGUAAGUUAAUAUAAAAUUUGAGAUGCUAUUGAUCUAUGGCUCCAGAGGCACCAGAUGUUCUGACUGUGUGGAGUCCCAAGGUGGGUUAGUUGGACCCAGUCUACCUCAUUGAUUUAGCGGGAAAUAACUGCUUUGUAUGAAAACUGUUAACUGCUACUGUGGAACCAGGGGGGAAAGGGGGAAUGUUUUUAUGGGCUUAGCCUUCUCGGACAAGCAGGGAAUCUUAAGCAGCAGGUUUGCUCUAUCUACUCUAUGCUGAUAAUGAUUUACAAAAAUGAGCCAACAUAAUUAUUCAUGAAUUAUUUAUACAGAGGAAAUAUAUGACAGUUUUGAUAAGAUAUUGCAUUAAAAUCACAAUCAGAAGCUUAAGUGGGUGUCCUGUAUGCCACCAAAUCAUUCUGGAUAUUGAUGUAGCUUUUUCUUUUUUUUGUACUUUUUAUUUAUGCGUCUCAAAACCAUGCUAUUAGCUGUGUGAAAGCACAAUAACAUCCACCUUUUAAGUUGCUUAAGACAGUAAUGGUGAGUGAAUGGCUCUAGGAUCACAGGACACAGUCUUUGAAGAAGACUAUGAAGUCUAAAAUUAACCAAGUUUGCUUGUCACUUCAUACAUUGAAGUUCCACUUGUUGAAAACCAGCCAGUGGAUGCAUGACUACUGUCCCAUUUAAUGCUUUUUAUUCCCCAGCAACUCAAGUCUUUUCACAACUCAACCUUAAACUUUGAAUCAUGCCUCUUCCUCUCUGUAUGAUUUAGUGGACUGUUGUUAAACUUUACUGUAGUAAGUCUUCCUCUGCCUGAGUACAGCCUGCAGUGUUUCUACUUCCCUUGUAGUGUGCUUUUCUAGUGCUGGUACUGUCCUCUCGAGGCUGAACUGAUGGCAGGGAAAGACUUAUUGGAAAAAAGGGCAUUUGUUUUCAUUUCUAUGUAAGAUGAAUGAAAAAAGUCUUUAAAGGGAGCUUUACUGAAACUCCACCUUCCCAUACUACUUUGUUUCCUCCUUCCCCUAACCUAAGACCUCACAUGAUUUAAAAAUGCAAAGUUGUACAAACUGUAUAUAUAGUAUAUGCAUUAGGGGACAGCAACUCUUUAUCCAGCCCCUUUGUAAUCAAUAAAGUCAAAAGUGUAGAGAAAUAAAAUUGAAAAAAAAAAAAAUCAACCACUGGAUAUCAUUUUAACAAAGAUAAAGCUGUAUAUAAAUAUAAAUAUAUGUAAAAUGGCAAACUAAUAUCUUUAUGUAUAUGAACCAGAGUGUUUUGCAUUUACCUGUUUUUCUAUUAGUGUUUUUUGCUAUAAGCUCUCAGAGAUAAGUUUGUUAAAAUAGGUAUGAGAAAAUGUCUGGUCUUCUCCAAUCGGUUGCAAGGAGAAGCUGAGGUGAUUACAAAACUGUUUGGAUUCAUGUGGAGAAUCGUUAAUUAAGACAUGAAAAUCACUUCUUGCAUAAAGCAGUACAAUGGUGCAUAGCAUUUGUAUUUAUGUAAUAUUGUUCGUGUUUAUUUUCUUUUUAUUUAUGCUACUGCUUGUUGAUUACCAAAACCUGUCCCUUAAUCAGUUACAAUUGGAUUAAUAUACUCUUGAAUGGAAAAUCUUGAAUUCCCUAGAAUAUUGUCAGUGUUUUUUUGUUUUUUUUUGGUUUGUUUUUUAAGUAUCUUCCCUAUAGAAGUGAAUGUGUUGGUAAACCUUGUGAAAUGGUUACUUGGCCUAAUGUAUGUUAUGAUGUAAUACUCAAAGUUAAUCCCAUACUUAACCUGGUAAUGAAUUGCACUCUCUUAGUAUAACGGAGAACUUCUUUAAAGUGGUAGAUAUUGAUCAAGUAUCCGAAGCAGUGAUAUAUAUAUUUUUUGGUAUGUUUCUAUUUCAAGGGAAGACCAUGACGAGACAUUUUGCCGCUCACUGGAUUUUAGCCUGAAUAAUUUUUAACUUCUCUGAAUCUUAAUUUAAGUUCUCUGCAUAUCUUAUAAUUUAAUAAAGUUUGCUCAAAUUGAAGGUUUUUUUUAACCUCACCUACUUUUUAAAAAGAUGUUGCAUCUGUACAGCAGAGAUACUUUUAGGGAAUAUGAAUAAAUAUAAUGAUCAUUUUUAUUGUAUGUGGCAUGUUUUGUAUGGAUAUUAUUUUGAAUUGUACAUAUUUUUUUCAGGAAGCCAGAGGUUGCAUCUCUUUAUAUACAGCUUUCCCACUCCCUUUCCCCUUCAUCUUAUUUCUUUGUCUGCUUUUGAUUCUUGU